GAUCGAGAACUUGGGCUUGAGGCCCAACUUAACCAUAUGGCUGAAAGGGUAAUACAGUAAUUGUGCCCAUUAACUCUCCUAUAAAAGCUCAGCGUAGGUGGAACCCUAGCGGCUGGCGGACGGCGGCAGAAGAAGUUUUAGGGCACGCUCCGAUUCUCCUGAAAUGGCGAAGUCGAAGAACCACACGGCGCACAACCAGUCGUACAAAGCUCAUAGGAACGGGAUCAAGAAGCCCAAGAGGCAUCGCCAUACGUCCACCAAGGGGAUGGACCCAAAAUAUCUUAGGAACCUGAGGUACUCGAGGAAGCAUAACGAACUCAACAAGAAGGCUGCCGCCGCCUCGGGUUCUGAGAUGGAGCAAUAGAGGAUUGAGUGCGGAGACAGUCGGUUUCACCUUUUAGAUUCGUUUAUGGUUUUGUUUCUCUUGCAUUGAAUGUUCCAGUAUCGUAUCCAGUAGACUUUCAAUUGGCAAACAAUGGUGUAGCAAUCUUACUGCUAAAUUCCUUUCAUGAGGUGUUCUUUUUAA